CCAAGCUCCAUCGCUCAGCGGGUCAGCAGCAGUAACCGCGAUCAAGGCAUUUUGUUGGAUGCAGGUGACAUGUUCCUCAAUCCUACAUCGCUGAAAGUAUGAGGAGGUAUGCUCAGCAAUGCGACACGGGAGCUGGGGCGAAGAUGGCCGUUGCAGGGCCGAUCGCUUGCCGCCGCGUUCCUGACACCGAGAGGGCAGCCGUCUCGCCGGGGGACCAUACGUGCAGCGACAUCACAGGCGGUGGCCGUCGCAAGAGAUGACACUGACGAGGUGUCUCGGAAACAGUCUUUGUUGGGCUCUCAUUCGGAGACCAUACAGGCCGCCGUUGACUACAAAGCUUCGAACCCGACUCGAGCGGCGCAAAACCAUGCCGCAGCCCAUGAUGAAACGACCGAUGAGGCGCACAUGACAGAAUUCGGCCACGUUGAUGGAGAUCUACACGCAAGCAGUGGCAGACGGCCGGAGAAGCCUACGGCGCUUUCCAGGCGCCACAAAGCCCACGACAACGAAAUCGAAGCGAGCCAGCGUGUGGUUGAGAUGACUACGGGCACGAUACUGCGCAAGGUGCUUGGCAAGGAGAGUGACAGCGUUUAUUGGAAGAGAAAGGUUGCCGAGGCACGCAGCUUGAGGCUGCCCAUCAUUCUUCUGCAAAUGAUGAUGCGGAACGAGGCCCAGCGCCAUGGAGGAGGAAGUGCGCUGCUCCAGCUGCUCCCAGACGAGCUCGAGUGGCGCCGUCUUUUGAACCUCGUAUGUAGGAUGGGGUUCUCGGUGGAGCAGCUGGAAGAGUACCAGUACGUCUUGCAAGGGACGUCGGACGACGAACGGUGUCGUCGGCUUCUGGCAUUGGAGGGCGCUGCCCCCAUGUUCCUCUUUUCGUUUCUUGUGCGGUCCUCGUCCAGGCUGACCGAUGUGCCGACCCUCGCCAAGCUGAUCGACUCAUGCCCAGCCUACUACGCGAUUGGUAAACAAGGGCCACGCCGACACGGACGCGAACAUCCCACCGCCAGAACUGUGACCGAAAAAGCGCUACACCUGGGCCAGGACAAGUUCGAACUGAUCAUGCGCCUGCUCACUCGACAAUGCCUGCGUAUUGAGCCCAGACUUGUCGUCAGGCUGGCCGAGGUCGCCGCGCGGCACAUCCAGAGCAUCGCGACAUACGCAGAGGAGCCCAGGAAAUUGUUCGUGGUGCAAUGCGAGGUGUUCAACAAGUGUCUGCAGAUAUUCCGACCUCACGCGGGCGUACAGAUGGCGCAGAGGUCGUUGCCAAACGCCUACUUCUGGGAGGCACAGAGGAUCCUGCUUGCCAUGUCUGACAGCCUGAACAAGCCGCUUCUACUUGACCGCGGGGGCUUCCGAGCCAUUCGGGAGGUGUUGGCAGGCCAGCCAAAGAACCAAGUUGAGAUGCAUAGCUCCACAAGACACGCACCCACAUGGCCCCCUUAUCUCCAACCUGGCGACGGUAUGGACGAGAGGGCGGACCCAGAAGAGAACUGGAGCCGGACCGUGAGCGCCGGGAUGCUCAUGCAGGAGGCUGGGUUCUCCAAAGAUGAGCACGAUGACGCGCUGGACAUUCUGCAGGGCAUGACGACGGACGGAUCGCCCACAAUUCAGCAGCGGUCUCUCAUGAGAAGUGACCGCCACGUCGGCGUCUGGGAGGCGUCCAUCCGGGCGACCAGAAAUGCCCAAGAGGCGUGGGAGAGAUUCCAAAACCCGCCUGAGCCGGGUGCAAAGCCUGGUCUGCAGCAGUACGCAGCCAUGUUGGAGAAGCUGGUGCUCCGGGAGGCCGACACAAGCAGUCGCCUGCUUCCUGGGGACAAGGCGCUCAACUUUCCAACUCACCAGGAGGCCAACUUGGCAGAGUUUGAGCGCGCACGGAUGCGGCCUCCUAGCGUGGCACAACUCUACCACCACAUGCGACUCAACGGCGUCAAGCCGCGCGACAACUGCCUCCGGAUUUUGGUUGCCAACGCAGAGUCGCUGGACACGGCGCACAGGUACUUGCGCGAGAGCACAGAAAAGGGCAGAAUCGUGCGGGCCCUGAUGGCAGACGAGCCCGAGCGGGAGUCUCUUAGGGCAGUGCCCAUGGGCCUCUUCGCGGCCUACAUUCAGGCGUGCUCAAAAACAGAAGGUAAGCGGGGUGGGCGGCAGUUGAUGCGCGUGGUUCGCCUGGCAGAGAUGCGUCUCGACGCCGAUGACUCGCGUUGGAGCCCCUACAUCUGGGGGCUCAUCCUGAAGAACCUGUCCCAGCACCACCGGGCCCUGCGGAUGUCACUUUCUGAGCAGGUGGACAUGUUCCUCCACGUGGUCGAGCGAAUCGAGCGCAGCCACGGGGUCCAUCCAUCUACGUUUGUGCAGCUUGCCAAGUGCAUCCGCAAGGCAACGAGGCGUGAGGUCGUCAAGCUUGUGGCUGAGCUGGAGUCCGGCGAAGAGACAAAGCGCGGCUCUGUGCGGCAGUUGUACGACUGGCAAGCAUCCGCAUGUUCAAGCGCUGACGGGCACCGCCUCUCCUCUGGCAAACCGCAUUCGGUCCAGGCGAGGACGCCUUUGUCCCUGCUCAGCAGCGCCGCCGAUCGCUUAAAGGAGACGUUCAGCAAGCUGGUGGAGCGUGAAAGCAAGAGCCGAGCGGUUCUGGAUGCUCGAAAUGUGGCGCCGCUGGAGAGGAUAAGCGCGCGGAUGGAUCCCGUCCGAAGCGACCAUGUCCACGAGUACAUGCUGUCGCUGGCGUUCGUUGGCGAGUUUGACGAAAUGGCAAGGACGCUGCGGUGGGUGAUGGAGCAGUGGGGCCAGGAGGACGUGGUCGAGGCCAUGGUCGGCCUGGAUGAGCCCCCGACGCACGGCGAUUUCCUGGAGGCGCUGUGCGCGUUCCGUUUCCUGGCAGAGCCCAUGCUAGACAGGGAGGAGGCCUCGAAGGUACGAGCGAGCGCGGCGGGCCUCCCACUGGGCUGGACGUGGCCGGACGACGAAGCUGUGGCGGCGUAUGUCGAGAUGCAGCACGAUGAGUCGAUUGUUGCGCUGCGCCGCGUGCUCGACUGGGUGAGGGCGCGGCAGGCGGGCGGCAGAAGCGACGACGCGGGACAGGGUCGCGCGGCCAAUCAAAGGUAGUGGGAAAGGUGUGCCGUUCGCGGCGGCGCUGGCGUUUCAGAGCGAUGACCAGCUUCCAUGGUUUGGAUCGAGGCGGCCGGCGCGGCGGCGACGUUGGAGGCGAAGAAGAGCCUUUUCAGACGAAACGGCAUGGUACCACCGUCCACACCAGAGCUGUGUAUUCGUACAUUGGUCAUAUAGAGAGAGAUACCCCCAUGAAAGGAGAAUAAGAGUUUGGAC